AUAAAAGUGGUGUGUGUCAGGUAGAACAAAAACAUGCAAAACAAGUUCAAGAAGUGUGCUUGCUAUUGCUAGGAGCGUACCGUGCUGCGCGAUGCAAGCGAUAUAGUUAUAAAAUCCAUUUUGGUCUCAUCGUGAGUGCUCCAUCCGCUAAGACGGAGAGAAUCAAAAACUUCGCGAUGGUCAUCAUGCUCUUGUGGAUGACGUUCAUUAUAUUGAUGGACUUCAUUUUUUAUUACAAGCAAACAACAUCCAAAGGAUACGCAAUGUGGACGAUUAAUCUAUGUUUCGGAGUACGUUACAUCGUGGACCUACAGGGCAUGAUAGCGGUGGUGAAGUGGGCGUGCACAGUGCUAGUGGUACACGAGGGCGUCGCUGCCCUCAACCAACACCUGUUGUGUCUGCGAUAUGGAUCGGAAUUAUCAAUACUGACUGGCGAGGUGAGUGUGAAGAAAGCAGAGACAUUGAUUCAGCGUUUAGCUCUCUCCUAUGAGCGCAUGAGCAACAUGAUGAGACAGAUGAACGAGGCCAAUGGCCUGUUUCUGAUUGUCAUGCUCUUGUCCACGUUCCUGAGGCUCGUGAUCACUCCUUACUACAUGCUGUUUCUACACGAGGUGUACGGAACGAUAUUUUCAAUCAACUGGAUACUAGUUCACUUGGCGGUGUUGGCACUAACCAUAGAGCCCUGCCACUGGACGCAUACACAGGUAAUCAUUUUCCGUUAGUUAAGACUAGGGAGCCUAGCUAAGAUGUCAAUCGUACAUUAGAAAACGCUAAAUGAAAAGUAAUAAGUUUUUGGCAAAAAUUAAAUUUUUGGUACAAGCUUUUAUCGCUGACUGUACUUUUCUUUCAACUAAUAACCAUCGAGACAAUUUUAAAAACCUAAACACAAUUA